UCCAUUGCCAUCAAACCACACCCAUUCCUCUCAAAACACACACAUACAUUCACUACUAUACACACUCUUCAUCAUCUUCCAUAUCUUACUUAACCCACACCAACAAAAUUAAAACACCAAAAUACUUAAUAGCACUCCAAAGUGGUCUCUUUGUAGAGCCCUUGGGUGCUUUUUAGUUGCCUCAUCAGCUAAGUGAGGUUCUUCUUUUCCUUAACCGUUGGGUUAUUGAAGAGACAGUAUGAUGAGCAACAUGAUCCAAAAUCAAAGCAUGCUACCACCAUUGAUGAAGAUAGAAGAAGAUGAAAGCAUGGUGAAGCUGAAGCAAGGCAUAGUCACCAUUUUAACACCCUCCUCUGCUUCUUCCUUAAGGAGGACACUCUCUGCUGACAUGUCCUCCAAGAAAUGGAUGCAUGAUCUUCAACAACAACAACAAGAGGAAAAAGAUAACCAAGAUUCCUUCAAGAUGAAGAAGAUCGCUUCGUCGGAGGAGCUCACGCAACACCUUCCCAAUAAUUCAUAUUCCUCUUCUUCUUCUUCUGACGAAGGAGAAGAAGAGGAGGAGGAAGCAGAAAGGGAGAGGCUCGCCAUUUGGAGCUCGAUCCUUAAGAACAAGAAAGAGGAGCAAGAGAAAUCCAGGGGAGGGUUCGAUACAUGGGGAUCAAUCAUGUCCAUGAAGAGCGACAGCGACAGCAACAGCAACAACAAGAACAAUCAGAGCCUUGAAAUGACGAAAUCGUUGCCGGUGAGUGUGACGGUUACACCUUAUGUUCAUCCUCUUGUGAAGAGAUCGAAGAGCUCUCUCAGUGAUAAGAGCCUUGAAAUCUGCACUGAGAGUCUUGGAUCAGAGACUGGCUCUGAUUCCUUGCUCUUCUCCUCUUCUUCUUCUUCUCCUUCUUUCCCUUCAGGGGAAUCAGAGAAGGUAGUGAAAGAAUCAGAACAAGAACAAGAACAAGAAGAACAACAAGAACAAGAAGAGAACAUUCAUGUUGCUGCAAUAACAAAGAGUAAGUUGUUAUCGCAUCCAAGGUGUUUUCCUCCACCACUUCCUUCACUUUCUUUCCGUGGUUGCAAUAAGAACAAGGAAGAUUCUUCUUCUUCUUCCUCUUCACUGCACAUGAAGCCGCAUCGUGACAAUGGAAGGUUGGUUCUUCAAGCUGUGUCACUCCCUUCAAACAACAACUUCAACGCUCAACGCCAAGACGGUCGUCUCGUCCUCACUUUCGCCAAUGAUCAGGAAGUUCCCGAAGCCGAAGAAGAGGAGAAUUAUGAUGAUGAAGGUAUGGAGGAAGAGGAGGAGUUUGAAGAAGAAGAUGAAGAAGAAGAAGAAGAAGAAGAAGAAGAAGAAGAAGAAGAAGAAGAAGAAGAAGAAGAAGAAGAAGAAGAAGAAGAAGAAGAAGAAGAAGAAGAAGAAGAAGAAGAAGAAGAAGAAGAAGAAGAAGAAGAAGAAGAAGAAGAAGAAGAAGAAGAAGAAGAAGAAGAGGAGGAGGAGGAGGAGGAAAGUGAAGUUGUUAUGGAGAAGAAAGCGCCAUUAAUGUCAAGUGGGAUUACUACUACUACCACUACUACUGUUAAUAGUGGCGGUGGUAAUCUUCAUAGGCUAACAUUGAUGAUGAACAACAACAGCAACAACAACAAAACAAUUGGGUUGGUGAAUAGAAACAUGAAUCCAAAUUGGUCAGACAAGUUCAACAAGAAAGGGAUGAACAUGAAUUUGGAGGAUGUGAAUGUUAGUGUUGUUGCAAGGUUGAUUCCUUCAUCACCAGGAUCAGCAGCAUCACCACCACCCUCUUCUUUCAAUCUCAAUGCCUAUGAAUACUUUUGGAAGACACCAAAACCUUCUUCUAAGCUUCCAAACAACAACAACAACAACAACAACAAUGAGCAACACCAACAGUUGCUGGUGCUAAGAGCCAAGAAUGGUGACUACUUGGUUCACAAUUUCAAGGGCUGCAAGGAUUCUAGAAGGUCCUUGCUCUUCUGGGAACCCUAUUGCAUUGCCACUUCCUGAGAGAAAGAGACACUCCAAUUGCAUAAAAAGAAAACUUAACAGAUUAAUUAUUAAUAGUCAUUUUGUUCUCAUCAUCAUCCAAUCACUACAAAAAAGAGUGAACCUCCCAAACAUUUAUCUGAGGUAUAUAACAUAAGCCUCCACCACUUUGCUAAUUCCAUUUUCUUAUACACUUUUAUUACUCCAUCCUUUUAUCUCAGUCUAGCUCCACUCAUUCAUGGAGCUUUAGUCAAAUAAGAGAGAAAGUGAGAGGGAGAGAGAGGUUUAAUAUAGUGAGGGAGAUUGAUACUCCCUUGUCUUGUAAGAUCAGAGAAAUUAAUGACAUGAACAGUUUGUUAUAUACACAUAAUAAUAAUACAUUACAUUAUUACUA